AUGAAUAUUGAUGCGGAGGCUAGGCUGCUUUCGUAGAGGAGCAGAAGGAAGCAAGAUGGCUGCCCUUUAGGAUUUGUUAGAAAGGAGACCCGAGCGACGGCCGGCGGGCUGCGAGGCGGAGGGACCCGAGCAGGCUGGUCAACAUUCAGCAGAAUCUCCUCCCAAGAUUCUCUAUGUCCCUGGAUCCUGUUCCGCUACGUUGCUUGGGAGCAGGAGAUGGGCUCACACAUGACCAGCAGGACAUGAUCCAGGAGGAGCAGUGAGGGACAGCUGCUGGAUUCAUUCAAAGGGCAGCCUGGUGGAUGGCCCCGAAGCAAGCCUGAUGGAACAGGAUAGAACCACCCAUGCUGAUGGCAACAGAUUGAGUCCAUUCUUGAUACCAUCACCUGCUCCCAUCUGCCAGACAGAACCUCUGGCCGUCAAACUCCAGAAUGGAAGCCCAUUAGCCGAGAGAUCACAUCCAGAAGUCAAUGGAGACACCAGGUGGCAGUCUUUCAAAAGCUAUCAUGGAAUACCCCACAUGAAGGGCAGCCAGAGCAAUCGUGUGAGUCCAGACUUCAUACGUGAAGACGGAGGGUAUUCCAGGUGCUUGCAAAAUGGAGGGAUAAAACGCACAGUUAGUGAACCAUCUCUCUCUGGGCUCCAUCCGAACAAGAAAUUGAAACUAGACCAAAAAGCUAAUGGAGAAAGAAGGAACUUCGGGGAAAGCCAAGAAAGACACCCAGGUGAAAACAGCAGUCAACCAAAUGUCUCCCGUUUGAGUGAUAGCCGAGAGUCUGCAAGCUCUGUAGCCCUAGAAAAUGCAGUGAAAGAUCGCACUGAUUUUCCAACACAUAACUGCAGUCCUUCUGAAAACCCAGAGCUUCAGAUUCUCAACAAGCAGGAGAAGAAAAAUGCCAAGAACGUUGUAUUACUUCUUAAAAACAAGGCAGUACUUAUGCCUAAUGGUGCUACAGUUUCUGCCUCUUCCAUGGAAAACACACAUGGUGAACUCCUGGAAAAAACACUGUCUCAAUAUUAUCCAGAUUGUGUUUCCAUUGCAGUGCAGAAAACCACAUCUCACAUAAAUGCCAUUAACAGUCAGGCUACUAAUGAGUUGUCUAGGGAGAUCACUCAUCCAUCGCAUACCUCAGGGCAGAUCAAUUCCCUACAGACCUCCCAGCUGCCCCCAGAGCCAGCUGCGAUGGUGACUGAGGCCCAUGAUGCUGAUAAUGGCAGUAAAGCAGUGCUAGGUGCCUGUCCCUUCCAGAAAACAGAACACCACCAUCAACAAAAAUCAGUUUUUGAAAUAUGCCCAUCUCCUGCAGAAAACAAUAACAUCCAAGGAAACACGAAGCUAUCUGCUGAAGAAUUCUGUUCAAGUUCCAAAAGUGAUUUGCAAGCUUCUAGUGGCAGCUGCGAGCAGUAUUUAAAGAGAAAUGAAAUUAAUGGUGCUUACUUCAAGCAAAGCUCAGUGUUCACUAAAAAUUCUGUUUCUGCUGCUACCCCAGCACCACCAUCACGACUGCUUCCUCCUCCCUCCAUUCUUCUGCCUCCUUCAGAAGGAAAAGGUACUCUGAAUGAUGGGGUUUUGGAAGAACACCAUCACUACCCCAACCAAAGUAGCCUAACUCUUUUAAGAGAAGGGAAAUUAGAACAACCUGAGGCAUCAGCUUCCCAGAGCCCUACUCCAUCUGCACAUGCAUCCAACUUCUCCCUCUUUCCAGAAGGGCAUCAGAUUAAUUGUGCCAAUAAGAACAGCAUGGGGACAGCAGGGACAAGGAGUGCCCCACUGUGCUCUGAGAAAACGAGAACAGUGUCAGGGCCUCUCAAACACAGCCCACCUAAUCAUGGUAGCAGUGGGGGUUUACAACGCCACAGCCAUUUCUUGAUGCAACACAAAGAGCACAAGAUCCCAAAGGAUGGAGACAGGGAAAAAACACGAGAACCUGUGCUUCCUACACAGCACUAUGUAAAGCCCGGCUGGAUUGAACUGAAGGCCUCACAUUUUCCUCCAGCAGAGUCUCAUCCAAACCGGAAUGAGGAAUCAUUGCACUCAGUCCUUGCGCAUCCACCUACCCCUUCUCAUCACAUGACCUCUAAACAGUGCACUGGAAAUUCUAAGGUGGCUGGAGGGUUUCAAAGGCAGGCUUGUAUGCCAAAAACAGUGCAGCCAGAGCAGAAGUCACAAAGGUACCAAGUUGAGAUGAAUCAAGGGCAGUCUUCAGGUAUGGUGGACCAACAUCUCCAGUUUUCAAAAUCUUCACACCCGGUGCACAUCUCCAAGUCAGAUCUUUUACCUAAAGCUCACAUGCAGUCAUCGUGUGCGUCUAGAUUUCAUUUCCAGGAAAGAGCAGAUCCUCAGUCUGAAAAUCUCAUGUCCCCAUUGCUAAAACAGCACUUGCAUCAACAGGCUUCAGGGACUGAGACAUUUUCAAACUCAAAUUUUUUACAACACAAGCCUCACAAGCAGGCAGCACAGACACAAGCAAUCCAGAACUCGCAUUUUCCUCAAAACCAGCAGCUGCAGCCACAGCUGCAGCAGCAGAAAUUACAGAUUAAGAAUAAAGAACAAAUGCCUCAGACCUAUCCUCAUCUCCAGGGUAGCAAUGAUAAGCAAGGAGAAGGAUCAUUCUUUGGCCAGAUUAAAUUGGAAGAAUGCUUUAGUGGUAAAAAUCAGUAUUCAAAAUCCAGGGAGUUCCAAGCUCACAGUCCCCAAGCGGGGUUGGAGCAAAUGAGAAGUAUGAACAGUAGGAACUCCCCUUACCCUGAGGCCUUCAAAUCAAGUGCAAACAAAUCACAGGUUUCCUGUUCAAGUGAUGCACACCCAGUUCCUGAGAAUAAAGUUCAAACUAUACAUUCUGAACUCUUUGCAGGAAAUAAGACCCCAAACUUGCAACACAUGCAAUAUUUUCCAAACAAUGUGACCCCAAAGCAAGAAGCUCAUCACAGGUGCUUUCCAGAACAAGAACAGAAGCCUCAGCCAGCUUCUGUUCUACAGGGAUAUAAAAACAGAAGCCAAGAUGUAUCUGGACAACAAGGUGAACUAGCUCAGCAACGGUACACGAUGCCUAGCCAAGCUAAGGUGUUUCCUGUGCCUGACCAGGGAGGAAGUCACCCUCAGACCUCUCCACAGAAGGACAUUCAGAAGCAUGCCCUAAGGUGGCAUCUCUUACACAGGCAAGAACAGCAGCAAACACAGCAAUCCCAGGCUGAGUUUUGUCAUAAUCAAACACACAGGCCAAUCAAGACUGAGCCUGGAUCCAAACCCUAUGCCUGUAUGCACCCCAUGUCAGCACAAGAAAACAAAAUGUGGAGAAAACCGAAGCUAGAGAUUCCCCCUCCAAGCUGUGACAGCGGGCAGCAGAGAAGCAUCAUUGAGACCAUGGAGCAGCAGCUGAAGCAGUUUCAGGUCAAGUCUCUGUUUGACCAUAAGGCCCUGACCCUCAAGUCCCAGAAGCAUGUAAAGGUGGAAACAUCAGGGCCAGUCACAGUUUUAUCUACAAAUAUCAAUGCCGCAGAAUUUGAUAGCCAUGUUCCACCUUUAGAGCAGCAAGCAACACUUCCAGAAAAGACACCAGUCAAAAGAACAGCCGGUUCUGUUCUCAAUAAUUUUUUAGAGUCACCUUCCAAAUUACUAGAUACUCCUAUAAAGAAUUUAUUGGAUACACCUGUCAAGACUCAAUAUGAUUUCCCAUCAUGCAGAUGUGUAGAGCAAAUUAUUGAAAAAGAUGAAGGUCCCUUUUAUACCCAUCUAGGAGCAGGUCCCAAUGUGGCAGCUAUUAGAGAAAUCAUGGAAGAAAGGUUUGGACAGAAGGGUAAAGCUAUUAGGAUUGAAAAAGCCAUCUAUACUGGUAAAGAAGGCAAAAGUUCUCAGGGAUGUCCUAUUGCUAAAUGGGUGAUUCGCAGAGGGGGCACUGAGGAGAAGCUGCUGUGUUUAGUUCGAGAGCGAGCUGGCCAUAGCUGUGAGACCGCAGUGAUCGUGAUUCUCAUCCUGGUUUGGGAAGGAAUCCCAGUGACUCUGGCUAACAGACUCUACUCCGAGCUCACGGAGACGCUAAGGAAGUAUGGCACACUCACUAACCGACGCUGUGCCCUGAACGAAGAGAGAACCUGUGCCUGUCAGGGCCUGGAUCCAGAAAGCUGUGGUGCUUCCUUUUCUUUUGGUUGUUCCUGGAGCAUGUACUAUAAUGGAUGUAAGUUUGCCAGAAGCAAGAUCCCGAGGAAGUUUAAGCUUCUUGGAGAUGAUCCGAAAGAGGAAGAGAAGCUAGAGUCUCAUUUGCAAAACUUGUCAACUUUUAUUGCACCGAUAUACAAGAAACUUGCACCUGAUGCAUACAAUAACCAGAUUGAGUAUGAACACAGAGCUCCCGAGUGCCGUUUGGGUCUGAAGGAAGGCCGUCCAUUCUCAGGGGUCACUGCAUGUGUAGACUUCUGUGCUCACGCUCACAGAGACCUGCACAACAUGCAGAAUGGCAGCACACUGGUGUGCACCCUUACUAGAGAAGACAAUCGAGAAAUUGGAGGACAGCCAGAGGACGAGCAGCUCCACGUGUUGCCUUUGUAUAAAAUCUCGGAUGUGGAUGAGUUUGGGAGCGCAGAAGCUCAGGAGGAGAAGAAGCGAAGGGGCACCAUUCAGGUGCUGCACUCCUUUCGGAGGAAGGUCAGGAUGUUAGCGGAGCCAGUCAAGACAUGCCGACAGAGGAAACUAGAAGCCAAGAAAGCUGCAGCCGAGAAGCUUUCGUCUCUGGACAACUGUAAGAAUGAAAAAGAAAAGGCGGCCUCUUCACGGACAAAACAGACUGAAAGUGCAACCCACGUGAAACAGCUUGCAGAACUCUUGAGGCUUUCAGAAUCACUCAUACAGGGGCCCCAGCCCCAGCAUCUACAGAGGAACUUGCAGCAAGCACAGCAGCCACAUCUGCCCCAGCCGCCUCUACCACCUCAGCCGCACCACACCUUGACAAGUAACUCACAGUCUGAGUCAGUUGGCUCUUCUUACUCCUCGGGAUCCAGCAAUCUAUACAUGAGACGGCCCAGUCCAGUUAGUCCAUAUCCAAGCUCUUCACACACUUCUGAAAUUUAUGGAGGCACCAACCAUGUAAACCUCUACUCUACCCCAUCCCAAGCUUCAGGUUCAUAUUUGAGUUCUUCUAAUCCCAUGAAUCCCUACUCCGGACUUUUAAAUCACAACAACCAAUACCCAGCAUAUCAGUGCAAUGGAAAUGUGUCAGUGGACAACUGCACCCCUUACUUGGGUUCUUACUCCCCCCAGUCUCAGCCCAUGGAUCUAUAUAGAUAUCGAAGCCAGGACCAUCUGGCCAAGUUAAAUCUACCACCCAUCCACACGCUUUACCAGCAGAGGUUUGGAAACAGUCAGAGCUUUACCUCUAAAUACUUAGGUUAUGGAAACCAGAAUAUGCAGGGAGAUGCCUUCAGCAGCUGUACCAUAAGACCGAACAUACACCACAUUGGAACAUUUCCUCCUUAUUCAACCCAUGAGGUGGAUGGCCACUUCAUGGGAGCUGCCUCUAGAUUACCACCCGGUGUGAGCCAUCCAAACAUAGACUAUAAAAAUGGGGAGCAUCAUCCACCAUCUCACAUGAUCCAUACCUACACUGCCACUCCAGGCAUGAUGAAUAGCUCCCUUCAUGCCCUUCAGCUCCAGACCAAGGAGAAUGACAUGCUUUCCCACACUGCUAAUGGGCUAUCCAAGACGCUUCCAGGGCUUAACCAUGAAGGUCUGUCACACAAGCUGAGUGACACCAACAGUCAGGAAAAGCAGCCUGGGGCAGCAGGCCAGGGUGCAGCUUCCACUGCAGAGGAUAAUGAUGAGGUCUGGUCAGACAGUGAGCACAGUUUUCUGGAUCCUGACAUUGGGGGUGUGGCUGUGGCUCCAACUCAUGGGUCACUUCUCAUCGAGUGUGCAAAGCGGGAGCUUCAUGCCACAACCCCAUUAAAAACUCCUAAUAGGAGAAACCCCACCAGGAUCUCACUAGUCUUUUACCAGCAUAAAAACAUGAAUGAGCCAAAGCAUGGCUUGGCUCUCUGGGAAGCCAAAAUGGCCGAGAAAGCCCGUGAGAAAGAGGAAGAGUGUGAGAAGUAUGGACCAGACUAUGUGCCUCAGAAAACCCAUGGCAAAAAAGUCAAGCGGGAGCCUGCUGAGGCUCAGGAACCUUCUGAGCCUACGUACCUGCGCUUCAUUAAGUCUGUUGCCGAGAAGACAGAGACCAUGACCACAGACUCCACAGUGACUACAUCUCCAUAUGCCUUCACUCGGGUCACUGGGCCUUACAACAGAUAUAUAUGAUGCUGUCCCUUUGAGUGACCACCACCAGCCCAUCACCAGGUCACAGCAUUCAUGACAAAUGUGUGUGUGUGUGCGUGCGUGCGUGCGUGCGUGCGUGUGUGUGUGUGUGUGUGUGUGACAGGGAGGAGGAACAUCAGCUCCUCAUCAGCCAGAAUAAAAGGUAAUCUUACCAUUACACUUAAUUCCCACAUGGUCAGGGUGGUAUCCAGGAAGACCAAAGCAUUCUAUGUAGGAAGGAGAGCCAGAAGGAAGUGCCCCACAAUUUACAUUUUCAAACACUGGUUCUCUUACUAUGUGAGAGCAUAUGUAAGAUGGUCCUCCACCCACAGCUCCACACAUCUGUGACCACUUUUAAUAAUAGCGAGUUUGCAUAGUCAUGGAACACAAGUACUGUACUAGAACAGUUGCAGGAAUCAAAUACCAUCUGGUGCUGAUAUAUGAUGUACUGAAAUACUGGAAUUGUGACUUUUUAACAUGCAGUUUUUACUGUAAACUUAAUAUUAACUUAUUUAUCAACGUAGCUACAGAAAGUAAGUGAACAGCAGUAAAACACUGAAUUUGUUUGAGUGUUCUACGAAAUGGUGCUACAAAAUGGUGUCUUUAAUAGCUGAAAUUAAUGCCUUUUUAUCAUCAAGAUACUGUCAGUGUACUCCAGUGCCCCGAAGAACAGGGGCACCUGUCAUUCACGUUUUUAUCAUAAUUACCUGUUCUUACACAAGCUUAGUUUUUAAAAUGUGGACAUUUUAAAGGCCUCUGGAUUUUGUUCAUGCAGUGAUGUCCUUGUAGGACAAUAAGCGUAUAUAUGUACAUAUAUACACAUUUUAUAUGUGCAAAUACAUGUAGAUGUAUAAAUAUUUUCCGUGGUGUUUUAGAAGCACUUUGCCUACCUAAGCUUUGACAACUUGAACAAUGCUAAGGUACUGAGACAUUUAAAAAAGAAGAAAAAGUUUACUUUCGUGUUUAGGAUGAAGUUUAUUUUUUUUAAGGAUACAAGGAAAGCUUUUAAAACAUUUUUGCUUUUUUGCCAUGUAUCUGCUGAUGAGCAGCAUGUUUGUUGCUAACACAGCUUACUAAAUCCAGACCGAAGCUGACUGGAUAUGUUAGUCCGCAAAACACACGUUUUCUGGUGCUCAUCUUCCGUGCUAUACUGUUUUACAAAAUGGUGUGACAAGCUCAUCGCUCCAGUGUGUACAGUUUAAGGAUUUUCUGUGACCUGCAGGUGAUAACUGGCUGCACGCUACAGAUGCAGCAAAGCUUGUCCACUUGAGCCCGUGCUCAUCCACGGAUCUCUGUGCUCUUCAGAGAACUGAAUGGCAGUCUGCGUUUGUGUUAUGUGCAUUGUGAUGUUGUCAUUUCUUAGCUUAAGUGUCCUCCUUACCAGGAAGAUUGAGUGGACUGAUGCCUGCAUGAGAUGAGUAAACAGGACAAAGUCUGUGUGAAUCUGUUGGUUACGAAGAAAAAAAAACCCUAAACAAAAGAGGCAGCUGGUUUGCUGUGGUGGUUUCAAAUCAUUAAUUUGUAUAAAGAAGUGAAAGAGUUGUAUAGUAAAUUAAAUUGUAAAACAAAACUUUUUUAAUAACGCAAUGCUUUAGUAUUUUAGUACUGUAAAAAUUUAAAUAUAUACAUAUAUGUGUAUACAGAUGGGAUUGAAGCAAAAUUCACAUCACGAUGGUGCUACUCAGACUGCUACACCUAGAAUCUAAUGUGAGCUGAGAACUCAGAAAAGGUGUGAGUGAUGUUCCUACUUGUCAUAUACCUCAACACUAGCUUGGCAAUAGGAUGUUGAUGGAGAGUGGACCGCACAGCGUUGUGUACCACCAUUUUUUUCAAAGUCUUUAUUAAAAAAAAAAAGCAUACCUUUUUCAGUACUUGAUUUCUUAGCAAGUAUAACUUGAACUUCAACCUUUUUGUUUUAAAAAUUCAGGGAUAUUUCAGCUCAUGUUCUCCUUAUACUGACAUGUCAUCUGUGUUUAUGUAAAAUUGUCAUAGGCGAUUAAAAAUAUUCCUUUUCAGGGAUUUCACCCUUUUAUUUUGAAUCCCUAUUAUUGUAUAUGUUCUGGUGUAAGUAACUAAAACUAAUUUUUGUAAAUUUGUUGGCUCUUAAUUAUGAAUAAAAGCAUUUUUAAAGUUAAAUUCACCAUUUCAAGAAAGUAAAAAUUUACAUGAAACUAGAAUGCACUGAGCUGAAAGAGAAUUAUAAAAUAGGCUCUCGAGGAGCUUUUGAACAAUGGUCUUUUGACUCUUCAAAGGUUUUUUGAUCUAGUAGUGAGAAUACAGGUUCAUGCCUCAUGAGGGCCUCUCUAGCGUUGAGUGUUGUGCUGUGCAAUAGGACUGUACAUUACAUUUUGACCUAAAUACAGUGUUUCUUACUAGCUUUUAGUAGCUUCUUAAUCAGUGGAGGCCUUUGCAUUUUAUUGGUCAGAUUUUUGUGAUUUUUUUUCUUUUGGCUGUGUCCCAAGUUACAAGCAUUUUCAAAAUGUCUGCUUUGCACACAAACCACACAAGUUUAAUGUUACUAUACCUGCAUUUGAUAGUUCUGCUUCGGCCAUCCUUAAGGAUUGUUUGGUUUAUGUCACCCACUGUCAUUUGUCAAACUGCUGGCCAGCAGGAACAGGAAGUGUGGUUUUAAAUGGAUAGGAAGAGGUCAAAUAGGAAGAGAGGAAAUUGAAUGGCAUAUUGUAAAUAUCAGAUAACUGUAAAUAUCCCGCCUGCCUCAUUAGAAUGGAGGGAAAGCAGGUCUGCAAUUUGCUUCUAUAGGAAUAUCAGGUUGACGACAUAGCCAUACUUGAAAAUGCUUCUGAGUGGUGUCAACAUUACUUGAAUGAAUUUUUCAUCUUGAUUGACGCACAGUGAUGUACAGAUCGCUUUUUAAGAUAAUGGAUGACUCAUGUAGGAAAUUUUCACAGUUCGACACUAAGAAAAUGAACUGCGUGCAUUUUUCUAUGCUUUAUUUUUUUAACUUAGUUUCAUUUCAUUUUCAUGAGAUGUUGGGUUUGUUUAUAAAAUUUGAGGGUGGUUAUAAAUACUGUAAGUAUUGUAAUGUUAUGCAGGUUAUUUGAAAGCUGUUUAUUAUUAUAUCAUUCCUGAUAACGCUAUGUGAGUGUUUUUAAUAAAAUUUAUAUUUAUUUAAUGCA